AUGAAGUAUCAGGGCCCCAUCCUGGAGCCAGGCCUGGAGAGGGACUUGUCAGUAAAAGUGACUGGUGACCAGGCUUCAUGGGUCAUGGAGGACAUGUUCAGAUCUGCCACUGAGCAUGUGUUGGCUCACUCUGCGGAGGACGUAGAUUUGUUUCAUUGUCAUGUGACUCCAGGGCACAGAGACACUGUAGAUGCUAUGCUGAAGAAGAGCUUCCCCGUGAUUACCUAUAGCGAGGCCAUAGACAUCCUAAACCGCAGCUCGGAGAAUUUUGCCUUCCCUACAAACUGGGGAUGUGACCUUAUGACAGAACAUGAGAAGUAUGUGGUGAAACAUUGUGGCAACCUUCCAGUCUUUGUCACUGAUUAUCCUUAUGACCUGAAGGCUUUCUAUGCAAGAGACAACCAGGAUCAUCCAAAGAAUACAGUAGCUGCAGUGGAUCUUCUUGUGCCAGGAGUUGGAGAGCUCUGUGGGGGCUCACUCAGAGAGGAGAGACUGGAUCUACUGAGUGCUCGGCUGCAAGAUGCUGGAUUGGCUGAAACCUACAGCUGGUAUUUGGAUUUGAGGCGUUUUGGCUCCGUCCCUCAUGGUGGAUUUGGACUGGGAUUUGAGCGAUAUUUGCAGUGCAUUCUGGGUGUCGACAACAUAAAGGACGUGAUUCCUUUCCCAAGAUUUUCUUAUUCUUGCGAUUUAUAAAACGCAGUUGAAAACCUCUUGGAUACAUCCAUAAAAGUGUUUUUGGUAUUUAACAAACAAUGG